CCCCCGCCCCCCAGAUCUCCUGGGUGACAGGGACGCUGUUAGCCGGAGGGAUCGCGCUCCCCCCGCCCUCGGAGUGGCAGCGCAUGCGCACAUGAAAUAUUGACUCGGGAGGCCCUGGCGAGAAGAUGAAGCGAGUAUUUACUCUAUUAGAAAAGGCUUUGCUUGGUUCCCCUGUGCAGUUCAUCUGGCAGAAAACUUUAGGAAACUUCCUUGCUGUGACAGGAGCUGAUCACACUGUAAAAAUCUUUGAUCGUCAUGGUCAGAAGAGAAAUGAAAUUAACUUACCCAGCAACUGUGUUGCUAUGGACUGGGAUAAAGAUGGAGACACCUUAGCCAUAAUUGCUGACAAAUCUAGUACCAUUUAUCUGUGGGAUGCCAACACAAACAAAACAAGCCAGGUGGACAGUGGCAUGAGAGACCCAAUGUCUUUCUUGCUUUGGUCCAAAGUUGGAGCCUUACUUGCAGUUGGAACAACUAAGGGAAACUUGCUUAUUUAUAACCGACAGACUUCUCGCAAGAUUCCUGUCCUUGGUAAACACACCAAGCGGAUCACUUGUGGUUGCUGGAGUACUGAAAAUCUGCUGGCACUAGGUAGUGAAGACAAAAUGAUAACUAUUAGCAAUCAGGAAGGAGAUACUAUAAGACAGACUUCAGUGAGAUCGGAUCCCAGUGAUAUGCAGUUCUCAGUGAUGAAGACUGAUGAAAGAAUAUCAACCAAGGAAAGCACAGUAAGUGUGGUGGUUGGCAAGAAAACAUUGUUUCUUUUUAAUUUGAAUGAUCCUGAUAACCCAAUUGAUCUGGAAUUCCAGCAGCGCUAUGGCAACAUUGUAACCUAUAGAUGGUAUGGUGAUGGCUACAUCAUGAUUGGCUUCUCACGUGGCUGCUUUGUUGUUAUUUCUACACACAUUCGUGAGAUUGGUCAAGAGAUUUUUCAAGCUCGCAAUCAUAAGGAUAACCUAACCAGCAUUGCAAUAUCACAGUCACUAAACAAAGCUGCAUCAUGUGGAGACAACUGCAUUAAGAUUCAUGACCUGUCAGAACUGAAAGAAAUGUAUGCUAUAAUAAACCUGGAUGAUGAAAAUAAAGGUCUAGAUCACCUGGCUUGGACAGAUGAUGGGCAGUUGUUGGCAGUGUCUACACAAAGGGGCUCACUCCACGUCUUCUUAACAAAGCUUCCAAUCCUUGGAGAUGCUUGCGGCACACGGAUAGCAUACCUCACUUCUCUUCUUGAAGUUACUGUGGCCAAUCAUGUUGAAGCAGAGCUACCAAUCACAGUUUCUGUUGAAGUGGAGCCAAACUUUGUUGCUGUAGGUCUUUAUCAUUUGGCUGUAGGAAUGAAUAAUCGUGCUUGGUUUUAUGUACUUGGAGAGAAUAGUGUAAAAAAGCUUAAAGACAUGGAGUAUCUGGGGACAGUAACCAGUAUAUAUCUUAAUUCUGACUAUGCUGCUGCACUCUUUGAGGGUAAAGUCCAGUUGCAUAUGAUAGAAGGUGAAGGUUUAGAUGCUCAGGAAGAACGAGAGACUCGACUUUUCCCAGCGAUGGAUGAUAAAUGUCGAAUCUUGUGCCAUGCUCUUACUGGUGAUUUCCUCAUCUAUGGUACAGAUACAGGUGUUAUUCACUAUUUCUACAUUGAAGACUGGCAAUACGUGAAUGAAUAUCGGCAUCCUGUCAGUGUGAGAAAAAUCUUUCCAGACCCCAAUGGAACCAGAUUGGUUUUUAUUGAUGACAAAAGUGAUGGCUUUGUGUAUUGCCCAGUAAAUGAUGGUGUGCAUGAGAUCCCAAAUUUUCCACCAACCAUUAAAGGCAUUCUGUGGGAAAAUUGGCCAAUAGAUAAAGGUGUAUUUGCUGCUUACGAUGAUGAUAAAGUGUAUACUUAUGUCUUCCAUAAGGAUACCAUACAAGGGUCCAAGGUUAUUUUGGCAGGUGGCACCAAGGUUCCCUUUUCCCACAAACCAUUGCUUUUGUAUAAUGGAGAAUUAACCUGUCAGACUCAGAGUGGGAAAACAAACAAUAUCUAUCUUAGUACUCAUAGUUUCCUUGGCAUUUUGAAAGACACCGGAUUUAAUGAGCUGAAACAAAUACUUACUCAGACUUUAAUGCUGAAAAGGUUUUCUGAAGCAUGGGAGGUAUGCAAACUUCUGAAUGAUCAAUCAGGUUGGAAUGAGCUGGCCAGAGCUUGCCUACAUCACAUGGAAUUGGAGUUUGCAAUACGUGUUUAUCGGACAAUUGGAAAUGUUGGGAUGGUGAUGUCACUAGAGCAAAUAAAGGGAAUAGAAGACCACAACCUCUUAGCUGGACAUCUUGCCAUGUUUACUAAUGACUUUAAUCUGGCUCAGGAUUUAUAUCUGGCAUCCACAUGUCCUGUUGCUGCACUUGAGAUGAGAAGAGAUUUGCAGCACUGGGACAGCGCACUGCAGCUGGCUAAGCGUUUGGCCCCAGACCAGAUCCCAUUCAUAUCAAGGGAGUAUGCUAUGCAGCUUGAAUUCACGGGUGAUUAUGUGAAUGCUUUGGCGCACUAUGAGAAGGGAAUCACAAAGGACAAUAAGUACCAGGAACAUGAUGAAGCUUGCCUAGCUGGAGUGGCUCAGAUGUCCAUUCGAAUGGGAGACAUUCGUCGAGGGGUUAAUCAAGCCAUUAAACAUCCUAGCAGGCUACUAAAGAGAGAUUGUGGAGCCAUUCUGGAGAGUAUGAAGCAAUUUUCAGAAGCCGCCCAGCUAUAUGAAAAGGGGCAAUAUUACGACAAGGCAGCAUCAGUAUAUAUCCGCUGUAAAAACUGGGCAAAGGUUGGUGAGCUUCUCCCUUGUGUAUUAUCUCCAAAGAUUCACCUCCAGUACGCCAAGGCAAAAGAAGCAGAUGGCAGAUAUAAGGAAGCGGUUGUGGCUUAUGAGAAUGCCAAACAAUGGGACAAUGUAAUCCGGCUAUAUUUGGAUCAUCUUAACAAUCCUGAAAAAGCUGUUAGUAUUGUCAGGGAAACACAGUCUCUCGAUGGAGCCAAGAUGGUAGCCAGAUUCUUUCUGCAGUUGGGUGACUACGGUUCUGCCAUCCAGUUUCUGGUUAUGUCUAAGUGUAAUAAUGAAGCUUUCACACUGGCCCAACAGCACAAUAAGAUGGAGAUUUAUGCUGACAUCAUUGGUUCUGAGAAUACUACCAAUGAAGACUAUCAGAGUAUUGCACUAUACUUCGAAGGAGAAAAAAAACAUUUUCAGGCGGGCAAGUUCUUUUUGCUGUGCGGUCAGUAUGCCCGGGCACUAAAACACUUUCUGAAAAGUCCAACCACAGAAGAUAACAUGGCUAUAGAAAUGGCUAUUGAAACAGUGGGACAGGCAAAAGAUGAAGCACUAACCAAUCAGCUGAUAGACUACCUUAUGGGGGAGAGUGAUGGCAUGCCCAAGGACGCCAAGUAUCUGUUCCGCUUGUACAUGGCACUAAAGCAAUACAGAGAAGCUGCCCGAACUGCCAUAAUAAUUGCCAGGGAGGAGCAGUCUGCAGGAAACUACCGAAAUGCACAUGAUGUUCUUUUUAGUAUGUAUUCAGAACUCAAAACCCAGAAAAUUAAAAUUCCUUCUGAGAUGGCUACAAAUCUUAUGAUUCUACACAGCUAUAUUUUAGUAAAGACUCAUGUUAAACGUGGAGAUCACAUGAAGGGUGCACGCAUGCUUAUUCGUGUAGCCAACAACAUCAGCAAGUUCCCAUCACACAUUGUCCCAAUCCUGACGUCAACAGUGAUUGAGUGUCAUAGAGCAGGAUUGAAAAACUCAGCUUUCAGUUUUGCUGCUAUGUUAAUGAGACCGGAGUACCGCAAUAAAAUAGAUCUUAAAUACAAAAAGAAGAUCGAAGCAAUGGUCAGACGACCAGACACAUCUGAGGCAGAAGAGCCAACUACACCAUGCCCAUACUGUGAAUUCCUGCUCCCGGAGUGUGAACUCCUCUGCCCUGGAUGUAAAAACAAUCUCCCAUAUUGCAUUGCAACUGGUCGGCAUAUGGUAAAAAAUGAUUGGACAGCCUGUCCAAAUUGUGACUUCCCUGCCCUGCACUCAGAGUUCAAAAAUAUGUUGCAGAGUGAAAAUAUAUGUCCAAUGUGUUCAGAAAGAGUUAGCAUUGUCCAUCUUAAGAAGAUGGCUGACUGCACACCAUACCUCAACCCAGAAGAAAUGGAACAGUGAAUUUAUUCAAGUAAAACAGACAACACUUGCUGAAAAGAUCGCUUCCAUUCUGGGACUUAAACCUGAUUCCAGACUUCUACAGUUGCUUGCACUCUAUAAAAGAGCCUACAUGAAGCUGAGCAGUGCGAACACCCGAAGUUCUACAAAUUGAGAAACCUGGAAACAGCCAGAAAAAUAGAUAUUAAUUGCAUAGUCACCAUGUUUGUCCUCAGAAGUAUUCUUGUGCCAGUUUUGGAGCCAUCGUAACAACUUAUUGGCACAGCUUUGAUCCCCUUGCUGUCCAAUUACUGUUUUAAGAGAUGUGGGCUUAUAUUUAUCAACCCACAGCAACCCCUCUGCUCUGCCUUUGCUUAUCUCAGGAACCCAACUCUCUUCAGCCUUUGGGGCAUGCUGCUUCUCCACAGCUUGCUGUUUGAAGUCCAGACCUUUCUGAGCUGCAGUAGUUUCUUUUUUUAUAGAUCUGAAGGUGCCUCCUUUUUCAAGAGUGGAGUUGCUUUUUUUAGGGUCAGUUUCUUUCUUAGCUGGGCUAAUUUUUCUUUUUUCAGGCUCCGUUUUCUGUGGGGUCUUGUCCCAUUUUGACUUUGCUUUUUUUGCCUUAAAAGACAGAAGGGUGAAAGUAUAAAGGGAAAAUAAAACACACACAGCUAGAGAGCCUUCGGAAGGGUCACAACUUAUAUAACUAGAGCUAAUUAGAAUUUUCCCCACCCCCUUUUAAAAUAUUCAGCAAAAAAAUUAAAACUUCAAUUUGGAAAUAACACUGCAGUGCCUCAUGGGACUAGUAGUCAGGUCACUCUUAUUAUUCACCAUGGUCUCCUUAUUGCUGAGCCAUUACGGUGUAUCAUGGAGUCCCUGCUCACGGAACUUUGUGGGAGAUGUAGUUUGAGGCUGGGGAAUGCAGCCCAUGGAAGAGAAAAGGGCAACAAACUACAACUCCCAUGAGGCACUAUGGUGGUAUUUCAAAAUUUAAAUUGUUUUUUGAACAAAAAGUCAAAAUUGCCUGUGGAAAACAGAGCUAAAUUUUUCAUGGAAAGUAUGAGUCAAAAGCCCAAAUUUCCAUCAAAAACCAUUUUGGAGCUCUGUGACACCUCCAAAGAAACACACAGUUCCAAACUUAGUUAAGUAUGAUGAUGGCAAGCCCAUGAGUGGAUUACAACAGGAACACAAAAUGUCUCAGCUUUAGACUGAUAUCAAAUAAAAAAAUAGAUACAAUCAUUUCAUUUCAGCUGCUAGUCACAUGAGAAAUAGUAAGACUGUCUACAUUCAGUCUGGAAACCAUGGUAGUACCUCUAGAAAACUUAAUACUGUUUACCUAGUCAUUGUAGACUGAGCUUAACCACACCUUAAAAUAAAUUUUAUAGCAUUCAUCAACAUUAGUUUAUUUAGAUUAAGAUUACUUAAUGUUUGCACAGAAGAGUGACAAUGUAACAGCACUACAUAAAUGCUAAAUUUAUCAUAUGCCAUUUGCACUUAAUUACCCUACAUUUGCAAUAGGAUCUCAGAUUUGAAUUAUGGCCUUGAUAUCGUACAGUAUCAAUCAUCUUCAAUUAGAUGGCAACACGUGUAAAAUAAUUGUGUAGAUUUGCUAGAGCUAUUACAUUUUAAAGGAUAAACAAUUAGUAAAAUUUAUGACAUGUAUUUGAUUUCCCCUGAAUAUACUCAUUCCUCAGAUAGGCAGCUGCACUAGAGGGAGUGUGAGAGUGUAUUAAAUAGGUUAAAAAAAUUAAUCUGAUAAAACCAAAGCAAAAGUGAAUAAAAGGAAAUCAUCUUUUCCACAAUGCAAAACUUGUAUUUUCUCCCAAAGAGAAGUCAGAGUGAUGGAAGCGUGUGACUACAUAAAGCCAGUCAAACUGCUGACGGAUGGACAGGCAGACAAACACACCCACACACCCACACCCACACACCAUAUUAGCUGACAGUGCUUUAAGAAAUAAAUUAAGUUUAUUUUGUACAAACCUCUGCUUCCGCUGCUAUUUCAUAUUUGGACUUUUUGCCUGGCAUAGUUCGAAUCAGAUCAAAUAGGCCAUCCUCGUGAAUAAUUUUUGUCCCUAAUGUUGAUGCCUAGACCAGAAAGAAUAAUUAAGAUUAGCUCAAUUACACUUAAACUGCUUUACAGAAGUAAUUAUGUAUGUAAUUAUUAAGUUUGGAAACAUAAGCAAUGUUAAAAAGCUGUAUAAUAGGUGUCUAUUCACAUUAGAGUUACAAUUUUAACAACAAAAUACCAAACAUAUAGCCUAUAAUUGACACAAAUGAGACAGUAGGGGGAGUUUAGGGUAUGUGUGGUUGUUUCUAGCAGUAAUAUAAACAAAAACAUUGUAUAUUACAGUAAGAUAUUUAAAUGAUUUAUAGUCAGAUUAUAGAAUGGUGACAUUUGAAAAAAAAUUACCUGAAACUAAUUUACAGACCUGGAAGGAUUUUUUAAUUUUAAGUUUUCCUAGAAAUUAACUUUUGAAUAUCCAUUCCAAGUAUCAAUAAGACAAUUCAGAGAACAAUCUGAUGGGGCGGAUUAAUUUACACCUUCAGAUUCAUUUCUCGUCUGACCACACACCUUCAGUGUACAUUAAUCAGAACUAUCCUAGACUCAUGUCUUAUUGCUCAUUGAAUGUCUUUAGUACUGAUUGUAAAGAUACUUAUUCAUGUCUGAAUUCUUUAAUAUUAAUGCUGUGUUGUUUGUACAUUUGUUUUACGUAAAUUAACAGAAGCACCACUGUAAUUUAGCACUGCUGUCAACUUUGGGCCUAUUUCUGGUCUCACAUAUAGAAGAGUGCACUACAUCAGAUAUACUGUCUGUACAUAUGUGAGUAUGGCUGAGCCCUCAAAACUACUGUAAAAAUUGACGUUACUAGUAGAAAAAAUAAGGAAGUCGGUGUUACCUUUAAGUCAUAACUGAGGCACUAUCUAUUAAUAAACACCAUUUUCUCUUUUCUAAAAGUUACUU